CUGGCGUUACACACUCUCACACACACAAAUUCAUUUGCAUUUGGGGGGCGGAGCUUCCUCCUCGGCUAAGAAUGGAGAGAAGAUGCCAAUCACAAAACUCCAUUUACCUUAAGUACAGUUGCAGAGCGGAUGAGACGCUGGAGAUAAGAGAAGCAGGGGGAGGAUAUACAUGCAUAGUGAGCAGAGCCAAGGGAACGGCAUGGGAAGUCAUAUACAUCCCCCUCGGGUUGGAAGCGUUUCUGUAAGGGGACCCCAUGCACUUUAUUUUGAAAAUUUGUCAAGGCAAAAGGCAACCAUGGAAAAGAAUAUUAACCAACGGAAGCUACGUGUAUGCGUUGCCACUUGUAACAGAGCGGAUUAUUCCAAAUUGGCCCCAAUUAUGUUUGGUAUUAAAGCUGAACCAGACCGCUUUGUGCUGAGUGUAGUAGUUAUAGGCUCUCAUCUUAUUGAUGACUAUGGCAAUACUUAUCGUAUGAUAGAGCAGGAUGAUUUCGAUAUUCAAGCAAGGUUACAUACAAUUGUGAGGGGAGAGGAUGAAGCCUCGAUGGUUGAGUCAGUUGGCCUUGCUUUGGUAAAGCUUCCAGAUGUUUUAAACCGUUUGAAUCCAGACAUAAUUGUUGUCCAUGGGGAUAGAUUUGAUGCAUUGGCCUUGGCUACAUCUGCUGCAUUAAUGAACAUUAGGAUUCUUCACAUAGAAGGCGGUGAAGUCAGUGGAACCAUAGAUGACUCUAUUAGACACUCUAUCACGAAACUGGCUCAUUAUCAUGCCUGCUGCACCAGAAGUGCAGAACAGCAUCUUAUUGCUAUGUGUGAGGACCAUGACAGAAUCCUUUUGGCUGGAUGUCCCUCCUAUGACAAACUUCUCAGUGUAAACAAUAAGGACUACAUGAGUGUUAUAAAAAUGUGGCUUGGUGAUGAUGCUAAGAGUGGGGAGUAUAUUGUGGCCUUGCAGCACCCAGUAACUACUGAUAUUAAACAUUCAAUUAAGAUGUUUGAGUUCACACUGGAUGCACUGCUCUCCUUCAACAAGAAAACACUUAUACUUUUUCCAAAUAUUGAUGCAGGAAGCAAAGAAAUGGUACGAGUAAUGAGGAAAAAGGGUGUGGAACACCACCCAAAUUUUCGAGCUGUGAAACAUGUUCCAUUUGAACAGUUUAUCCAAUUAGUUGCCCAUGCCGGAUGCAUGAUUGGAAAUAGCAGUUGCGGGGUCCGUGAAGCAGGGGCUUUUGGCACACCAGUCAUCAAUUUGGGAACUCGUCAGACAGGAAGAGAAACAGGUGAAAAUGUUCUUCAUGUACGCGAUGCAGAUACCCAAAACAAAAUAAUCCAUGCACUUCAGCUCCAGUUUGGAAAACGAUAUCCCUGUUCAAAGAUCUAUGGUGAUGGAAAUGCUGUCCCACGGAUUGUGAAGUUUUUAAAAUCAAUCAGUCUUGACGAGCCACUUCAAAAGAAGUUCUGUUUCCCUCCGGUAAAAGAAAGCAUCUCUCAAGAUAUUGACCACAUUCUGGAAACCUUGAGUGCUUUGGCUGUAGAUCUUGGAGGGACAAACCUAAGAAUAGGUAUCGUCAGUAUGACGGGUGAAAUAAUAAAAAAGUAUGUGCAGCCCAAUCCUAAAACAUAUGAGGACAGAAUAGAACUCAUUUUAAAAAUGUGUGUUGAGGCAGCAUCUGAAGCUGUUAAGCUGAACUGCAGGAUACUUGGUGUGGGAAUUUCUACAGGAGGUCGUGUGAACCCUCGUGAAGGUGUAGUGCUUCAUUCCACAAAACUAAUACAAGAGUGGAGCUCUGUGGACCUUAGAACUCCUCUUUCUGACACACUACAUCUACCAGUAUGGGUAGACAAUGAUGGCAAUUGUGCUGCACUUGCAGAGAGGAAAUUUGGCCAAGGAAAAGGAAUAGAGGACUUUGUGACUGUUAUUACUGGUACAGGGAUUGGAGGAGGAGUCAUUCAUAACCACGAAUUGGUUCAUGGCAGCUCUUUCUGUGCUGGCGAGCUGGGUCACAUCAUGGUGUCCUUUGAUGGACCAGACUGUAUGUGUGGCAGCCGUGGAUGUGUAGAAGCAUAUGCAUCAGGAAUUGCCCUGCAAAGAGAAGCAAAAAAGCUUCAUGAUGAGGAUAUGUUGCUGGUUGAAGGCAUGUCUGUGAAGAAUGAUGAAUCUGUAAGUGCAGUUCAUCUUAUUCAAGCUGCAAAAUUUGGCAAUACCAAAGCAAGCAACAUUCUCAAAACAGCUGGUACUGCUCUCGGCAUUGGUGUCAUAAACAUUCUCCACACUAUAAACCCAUCAUUGGUGAUCUUAUCAGGAGUUCUUGCAAACCAGUAUGUCAAUGUGGUGAAGGACGUGAUACGCCAGAGAGGCUUGGCUUCAAUCCAGAAUGUUGAUGUUGUCGUGUCCAGUUUGUCAGAUCCGGCUCUCCUUGGGGCGGCAAGCAUGGUGCUCGAUUACACGACACGCAGAACAUACUAAUCACCCAGCACCUUUUAUUGCCAAGAGAGACUCACCCCCUUUUCCUGUCUAGCCCUGAUCAUGACUAAAUUAUUUAAUAUUUAAUGAUACUGUAUUUUAUGGGAAAGACUUCAAAUCUAGAUGUUCGGAAAUCUGUUCUCAUUUUUUAUUGUUUGUUUUAUACUAUUUGUACAUAAUGUUCAUAUGAACUCUCUGUGGAGGCUUUUAUUUGAAAACAUGAAAAACAUGGUCUACAAUACAUUUCUGCUGAAAGGUGAUCAUUGCGGUUGACAUAAAUCCAUAUGAUUAAUGCAGAGUUGGUAAAUAUUGCUGCGUGGACCUAGACGUUUUUCCUUUAAUUCACAACUCCCUGUCUCACGUUCAUGUCUGACACAAUCACUGAAAUGGUUCUGUUUACAUCUUUAUGUCUGUUGUUUUUGUUUUGUCUGUACCCCAGUAUCUAUGUAAAAAAAUGGUCCUUAUAGAAGGCAUUUUCUUGCAGGCAAAUAGGCACACCUAUUGAAACUGUUGCACACAGGGCAGCUAUCUUAGCUAUAGCUAUAGGGGACCCAGUUAUUUGUGCAGCCCUACAAUUUGCACAUGCCAGAGGUAAAACUGAAUUGUUUAUGCUCAUUGGGCUCCUUAGCAAGACCAAAAACCAUCUGAUUUAUUAUAUAUGCAAGUGGUUGGUGAAUGGCACCAGUGGUAGGGAAAAGGAUAGUAACCACAAGUAAUAUUCAAGGGGAACUUCUAGGAUUCCCCCUGUAGUUGUAGGCUCUUCCCCACCUGGUAAAAACAUGGUGUAAUCAUAACCCUGCUAUAGAUGGAAAGGUAUUAUGCUUUUUCACAUCUUUUACUUUGACCCCACCUCCUAAUAGCCAGUUCUCUAACCUGCCAUGGAGGCAGGGUCGGAUUGGGGGGUGCAGGGCCCACCGGGGCUUCUGCCUUAGGGGCCCCUGCAACCCCCACUGUCCACCCCCCCAGUGGCCUCCAACACCCUCUGACCCCUCCCCCAAGCACUCCUAAAAGAAACUUACCUGUGGCGCCCUGUGCUGCCAGAGCCCAUCAAUUUUUUUCUUGGUACCCUGGCGGCCCAGUCCGACGUUGCAUGGAGGUGUCAUGAAAAUUCCUCAUAACUGUGAAUGAUAAUUCACAGCUUGUAUUAUUAGAGUAUUUUGAGAAUUAAAUGGAGAAUCUUCCUUUCCCUUGCCAUUUGCCCUCACACUGUUUAUGUACUGUCUGUCAGCAGCUCUGUGUCUUCAUUUCUCUGUGUAAUUGCCUCUUAAAUACAGUGACAAGCCCUGCCAUGACUUUCUCUAACAAUGAAUGUAAAAAAAAUGCUUCUUCAGCAGGAACACGAAAGGCUCUUUCUAACUGUGGGUCCAAAGAAAUGUAUGCUAAUCUAGUAGGAGGGAAAAGUUACAUUUCCAGUUUUUUUUUUUCUGCUUUAUUUUUAAAGUAUGGCUGCAAAUUGUUUUAUAUGUAGAUAAGGCUCUCAUCACCAUUAUUGUUCUUAUGUAAACAUCUACAGUUUUUGUUUCUAAUAAUUGUAAAAAGGAUGACAUGAAUAAAAAGCCUUUCAUAUA